GCGUAGAGUCGGGACCAGAGGCGAGGCCGCUCGGUGGGAAGGGGUCGCGCUGAGCGAGCCGGUGGGCUCAGCGACGGCGCGGAUGGCGGACUCGCAGCUGUUCUGCGUGGCCGAGGAGCGCAGCGGCCACUGCGCCGUGGUGGACGGAAACUUCCUCUACGUGUGGGGGGGCUAUGUGUCUAUUGAAGACAAUGAAGUAUAUUUGCCUAAUGAUGAAAUUUGGACCUAUGAUAUUGAUAGUGGGUUGUGGACAAUGCACCUAAUGGAAGGAGAACUCCCUACCUCCAUGUCAGGAAGUUGUGGUGCUUGCAUUAAUGGAAAGCUGUACAUUUUUGGAGGAUAUGAUGACAAAGGAUACAGCAAUCGACUUUAUUUUGUUAACUUGCGAACAAGAGAUGGAACAUAUAUUUGGGAAAAAAUCAGUAACUUUGAAGGACAACCACCUACACCACGUGACAAACUUUCCUGCUGGGUAUACAAAGACAGGUUAAUAUAUUUUGGUGGUUAUGGGUGUAGGAGACACAAUGAACUCCAAGACUGUUUUGAUGUUCAUGAUGCAUCUUGGGAAGAGCAGAUAUUCUGGGGAUGGCAUAAUGAUGUCCACAUGUUUGACACAAAGACACGGACUUGGUUUCAACCAGAAAUUAAAGGUGGAGUUCCACCACAGCCACGAGCCGCGCAUACGUGUGCAGUUCUUGGAAAUAAAGGAUAUGUCUUUGGUGGACGUGUUUUGCAAACUAGGAUGAAUGAUUUGCACUAUCUAAACUUAGAUACCUGGACUUGGUCUGGAAGGAUUCCUACUACUGGAGAAAAUCCAAAACAUCGUUCAUGGCAUACUUUAACCCCAAUAGCUGAUGAUAAGCUUUUCUUAUUUGGUGGACUAAGUGCAGAGAAUAUUCCAUUAAGUGAUGGUUGGAUUCAUAAUGUCAUGACAAAUUGUUGGAAACAACUUACACAUUUACCUAAAACAAGACCCAGGUUAUGGCACACAGCCUGUUUGGGAAAAGAAAAUGAAAUAAUGGUAUUUGGUGGGAGCAAAGAUGAUUUACUUUCCUUGGAUACAGGUCACUGUAAUGAUUUAUUGAUCUUUCAAACACAGCCUUAUUCACUACUCAGGUCAUGCCUUGACUGCAUUGGUAAAAAUGUUAUCAUUUUAGAAAGUCAGAUAUCGUUAUUACCUCCUAAGCUUCUGCAACAGGUAUUCAAAAAGAUUACAUUUUGGACUGCAGCUAAUCACCGAGAAGAACAAAGAGCCCAAACAGAAGAAACAGAAAAUAAGUAUCAGUGGAUCAGUAGCAACUAAGUUGUUAUAUACUGUAUAUAUUUAAAAUAUUUAAACAUUGUAGUCAGACUAUAAAGUUUACCCCUCCCCCCAUUGGAGGCUUUAUUUGGAAGACAAAAGAAACAAAAAUGCUUUUUUAGAGUGAUUAUAUGGCAUGAGAUAUACGAGAAUUAAAUAUUAACAAUGGUACAUUAAUUUAAAUUUAUAUUUGUAAACCAAUUUCCUCUAUAAGCUGCAGAGUAGAUAUUGUUUCUAAAAGUAAGUACAGUUAUAGGAGAUUUUAACUCAAUAUGUACACUUUACUGGAAAGAUUAUUCAAAUUUGAGGAGAAUAAGAAGUUACCCCCAAGGACUUCAGAAACCUUCCAACAUAAUUACAGAUACAUAUAUAAAAACACUACAUAUCAACUUUCACAAAGAACACAUUUUCUCAGGUCACUUUAAAAUCACCUUAAGCUUCUCCUUAAAUAAUUCAGUGGUUAACACGCUGGCCAAAAAUUGUAAAAUAGGGAACACCGGUAUGGAUUAAAUACUAACUCCUGCGCUUUUUGCACUUACCUAGUAUUCUUAGGCAGCAUUUUAAUUUUUUUUUUUCAGCCUUAUUUCAGUAAGGGAAUAAAUGUCUGCCAUUGCCUGUCCAUUACCCCUAAAUUCAGUUCCUUUGUCCAAACACACACCGUGAUUUAAAGUAUAUAAAGUUGAGGUUUAUUUAUAAUACAUACAGGCUUUGAAAUAUUGAGAAGCAGUUUAUUUAUUAAUUUUUGAGACAUGUUAAAAUACAUUUUUCCUUUUAAGAAGAGUGCUUCUAAAGUAAUUUUCAUAAGUAAUGAAGUGGGAUGGUAACCUAGUAAAUUUGACUUUAUAAAAACCCUCAAAUUGGCCUACUCCAUUCUCCAGAGUUGGUGCUCAAGAUGCCAGGAUGUUGAAAUCUGGUUAUCUUCCCUUUUAUUUUCAGUACUACCAUCUACACAAAAACGGAACACUAUAUUUAUCUCUGUAUUCCUCAAAGUGGUACUUUUGCCAUCGUUAAGAUAUUUUCUUCAUUUUAACACCCUUCCAUUGAAUUACUAAAAAUUCCAGUAUACGAAAUUAUUCUCUACAAUAUCACCAUGCAGGUUAUCCUAAAAUUUAAA